AGGCGCCGCCAGGCGGCCCGCCGCCGCCGUGAGCCCGCGCACCCCCGCGGCCGGCGGGGCCCCGCUGGGCGCGGGAGCGCCAUGGUGAGGAGCAGGGCGCUGUGGAGCUGUUGCCUGCAGCUCGCCGCGCUGCCCUCGGUGGCGGGCUGGUCAGGUGGGAAGCCGCAGCCGUUCAACGGCUCCUGCUGGAGAGCCGCGGAGCCGCCGCGGAGGGGGUGGAGCGGCACUAUGGAGGAGGAGGAGGAGGACGAGACUCCUCAGGGGCAGCAGCAGCAGCAGUCCGGGAGUUCUCCUCAAAAAGAUAUGGAUAAGAAAACAGAUGAAGAGCAGCCUUUGACUGCGUGUAACCAGUAUCCUAAAGAAGCAGUGAGGAAACGCCAGAAUUCAGGUCGAGGUUCCAGGGGCAGCGAUUCUUCCAGGACCUCCAGGAAAAGCUUCAGGCUGGACUACAGAUUAGAAGAGGAUGUGACUAAAUCAAAGAGAGGGAAAGAUGGGAAAUUUGUCAACCCAUGGCCAACGUGGAAAUCGCCAACCUUGCCAAAUAUUUUGAAAUGGUCCCUCAUGGAAAAAAAUAACAGCAAUGUGCCAUGCUCAAAGCAGGAACUUGAUAAAGAGCUUCCAGUAUUAAAACCUUAUUUUGUUCAAAAGCCGGAACUUGCUGGGAAGACAGGAACUGGUAUGCGAGUCACAUGGUUGGGACAUGCCUCAGUUAUGGUGGAAAUGGAUGAACUUAUAUUUCUUACUGACCCAAUCUUCAGCCAGCGAGCUUCCCCUACUCAGCUGGUGGGUCCCAAGCGCUUCCGAGGACCUCCGUGCACAGUAGAGCAGCUCCCCAAAAUAGAUGCAGUCAUGAUCAGCCACACCCAUUAUGAUCAUUUGGACUACAACACUGUAACGAGUUUAAAUGAACGCUUUGGGAGUGAGCUGCGCUGGUUUGUGCCUCUGGGGCUCUUGGACUGGAUGCAGAGAUGUGGUUGUGAGAAUGUGAUUGAACUGGAUUGGUGGGAAGAGAACUGCGUCCCUGGUCACGAUGCGGUAACUUUUGUCUUCACUCCUUCUCAACAUUGGUGCAAAAGGACUGCGACAGAUGACAACAAGGUUCUUUGGGGCAGCUGGUCUGUCUUGGGACCUUGGAAUAGGUUUUUCUUUUCAGGAGAUACUGGAUAUUGUGUUGCUUUUGAACAGAUAGGUAAAAGGUUUGGACCUUUUGAUCUUGCAGCCAUCCCCAUUGGAGCUUAUGAGCCAAGGUGGUUUAUGAAAUACCAGCAUGUGGAUCCUGAAGAAGCAGUAAGAAUCCAUAUUGAUGUUCAAGCAAAGAAGUCUGUAGCAAUUCAUUGGGGGACCUUUGCUUUAGCAAAUGAGUAUUACUUGGAUCCUCCAGUUAAACUGAACGAAGCUCUUGAAAGAUAUGGCUUGAAACAAGAAGACUUUUUUGUCUUAAACCAUGGAGAAUCACGGGACUUGAGUACCAAUGAUGGGUUUGAAUAAUGAAACAGUAGCAGUUCCGUGUAAGCCCUGUUUGAUCUGAACUACUAAUUAAUGUUACAAAUAUGAAUAUGAUGUACUUACAAAAUAGAUUUAUUGGAGUGAAUUGGAUUUUUAGAUGCCAGGUUUGUCAGUUUCAGCACUAAAACUUGCACAAUAAAUUUUACUAGUUCUAUUGUUUAUAAAUUUUGAGGGGUGAUCUAAAAACUGGUUAAUAUAUAAGGUAUUGUCUGGGAAUAACUUGCAGUUUCAACUCUUGUGUACGCCACUGAUAAAUUACUGGGUUUUUUUUAAAAAUCUUCAUCUUACCUGCAGCAGCAAUAAUAAACUCAGCACAGGACAUAUUCUUAGAAUUAAUGGCUGACUAAUUCAAGUCAUUGUUAGAAUAUCAUCUCCCACUUGUUAGUCAUUAAUUUUCAGGUUAUGCCCUGUACCUUGAUAGCUUCACUGUAUGUUUUGUGGGGUGGAGUCUUCCAAUACAGCUGUGUUGUUAAAGCACAAGCACAGUAAAAUAACUAUUUUACUGAGUGCUUCUACAUUUUCAUAUAUUAAUGAACCACAAAAGCUGAAUUUUACAAUGAUCUAAAGAAAUGUGCCUUUUAAAGAGAGAGAUAAUUUAAUAUUGCAUUAUUGAUGUGUAAAACUUACUGCUGGCCAGAGUAUCUGCACACUUCCAUUGUUUGGUCAAUGUUUUUAAGUUAGGCCUGAAUGUGUCUAAAAUAACUUUCUUGUCAAAUGCAGUACGUGAAAUGGAAGAAUCCCUUAAUGGCGCUUGCCUCUGCAUUGACUUAGCCUAUUACUAACUACUGUUUGGUUUUUGGUUUUUUGUUUUUUUAAAUGAAAAGUCUUAAGCAAGGGCUGUGGUAUUUUUUUUCUUAUAGCUUCCUAUAAUUUUGAAGUUGAAUGAGCGAUUACAAUAUUGUUCAGUAUCGUAAAACUCAGCUAAAUGUAUCUGUAUCAAAUUGCCAUGGUAAUUUACAGAAUUAAAGCCUAUUGUUGCCAAUAAAAAGGGUUGUUAUUCUCCUUCUUAA